ACCAACAAUCAAGAUGUCGUUUGAAGACGGCAGCUCCAACAUAACCAGAACCCUCACUAAUCUCUUUGAGGAGAUGCUCCUGGCAUCUGACGUGGAAAAUAAGAAUAGAAGUAACGUAGACCUAUCCUUAUUUCUGUCGGCUUUGAAGGAGAAGUCCUCAAAGAACACCAGCCAUGAGCCCUUAGACUUCGGGACGUUGGUGAAGCUGGUGGAUGGAUGGCGACAUAAGCUGAAUUUGACGAAGACGGCAGAAGCCACUUGCAACUACUGUGAUGGAAAUUUCCGUGACCUGAUCCUGGCGUACAACAACAUCCAUGGCUACAUAAGUCUGAUAGUCUGCUUCUUCGGGAGUUUCGCGAACGCUCUGAACGUGGCAGUCUUGACGCGGCGAGACCUGGCGGCCGCUCCCAUCAACCGGCUGCUGAAGUGGCUGGCGGUGGCCGACGUCUUCGUCAUGAUGGAGUACGUGCCCUUCGCCAUCUACAGAUAUUUGAUUUUGCCCGGCCAGCGAGAAAUGCCGUACAACUGGGCCGCAUACCUGCUCUUCCACAUGCACUUCACGCAGAUAUUCCACACGGCAUCCAUAUGUCUCACACUCUCGCUUGCUGUGUGGAGAUACGUGGCUAUAAAAUACUCGGAUAGAAACCACAUACUUUGCACGGAGAGGCGAUGCAGCACAGCCAUACUGAGCAGCUUCAUACUCCCGCCCAUACUCUGCAUCCCAACGUUUAUGGUAUUCGACAUCCACACCACAGUGAUCCUGGAGCCAAGUGGACCUAUGAUCCUGUACCACGUGGACGCUGACCAGGAAGGCCAGCUGUACCAGAUCAACUUCUGGGUGCACGCAGUACUAAUCAAACUGCUGCCAUGCUGCAUACUGACCAUCAUCAGUCUAUGGCUGAUCAGGGAGGUGUACAGCGCGAAUCAGCACCAGAAAAAAGUCAGAGUAUACAAUGCUUGUCCAACCACGAACAAAGCAGCGAAGCGUCAAUGCAAGGCUGACAAAAGAACGAAUAGAACGACGAAGAUGUUGGUUGCAGUUCUUUUACUCUUCCUGGUAACCGAGCUACCUCAAGGGAUACUGGGUCUUCUAAGCGGAUUGCUCGGGCGAUGCUUCUUCAAGCGUUGCUACGAUCUGUUCGGGGAGCUGAUGGAUGCACUGGCGCUUCUGAACGGGGCGAUCAACUUCGUGCUGUACUGCUCAAUGUCCCGACAGUUCAGGAUGACGUUUGGGCAGCUGAUGUGGCGCGCGCAUCUUCACAAAUGGCCGCCACCAACUGCCUCGCACUCGGACGGUCAAAACACGGCAAAAUCAUCUGUUCCAUGAGGAAAGUCUGUACAAGAGAAACACGCGAGCAUUCUACAACAGUUCUUGUGAACCAUACUUAGCCCAGGAUUAGGUUAUGCGUUUUGAGUGUCCAGUACAAUUUAAUGUCUAUUCGUGCUAUUGAUGUUAAAAUAAGUUUAUGCUGUAAGUUUUGAGCAUCAAUGUUUGAUUUUGUUUGGCAAGCGAUAGCGGAGGGUUAUACGAUAACGAUAAUCGUUAUUAGUGAACAGAAGAAACAGUAUUUUGAUACUUCUAAUAUCUCAAAAAAGGAAAUGGGAACAUUCGUGAUAACCAUUUCUCCAAACUAAUUAAAAACGAACAGCCUACUAAAACCUAAUGUCGAAAUUAUUAACAAAACUAUCUUACGUUCUCAUCAUCAGCAUCAUCCACUUAACCAGGCACUAUAUUGUGUUGGUAGAUCCAGACAAGAUAUUUGGGUGAAUAUCAACAAACUCGUUUUUUGCCUAAUUCCGGUGGCGAAUUUUAAUUUCCACUUUCCAAAACUUUUUUGUGGCAGAAAUAAUAGUAAAUAACUUGUAUUAUUCAAUGAUAUGGUAGAGAUCAAAAUAUUAUUAAUACUU